AUGUGGCGGGGUUUUGUGCGAUUUCACGUUGCAAUGCGGCAAAAGCUGUGCGUCUCAAUUGUCGCGGCGAGAGCUGCCGCGGUGCGACCGCGUGGGGUGCGCAGCACUCCACAGCCGCAACUGUGCGUCGGCGACGCGUGUGCCCGUUGGCCGCGCGCCGGCGGUGUGCGCGGGGUCCUCCACCCAUCGUUUCUUCUGAUGGAACGGCGCCGCGUGUCCGGCGGUGGCGCGCAGUCCGCACAGGGCCAAGGGAGGGAGCAGCGAAGUAAGCAGCAGUGGACACUUGCCACCAGCGUCGAAGAUGUGCUGUUGGAGGGAGUAAAUGCCACAGAACAAAUGGAGCUAAACGACUUCAUUAGUAAGUACCUUGGUCCCAAGUUUGUGGCUGAUGAAGGCCGCGGUGUAAAACUGGGGGCGUUUAUUCAGGGGCCUGAGGAUUGCAUCAGUGACGAACGGCUCCUACGAAGAAUUCUUAAUUCACAAGCGUAUCAGCUCCUGCGGGACGCACGCAAGCUUGCGGGCCAAGGCGUGUCUUCUCUCGCUCAAUGA